AUGGCGGCCCCGAGCAAUGGGGGGGUUGUGGUUGUGGUUGUGUUGCUGUGUUGUGUGGUUGUAUUACGACCUUCCCUCCCCGCCGCGCUGAAGGCCGCCAACCGAAAUACGUCCAAGCGUGUGCCGUGGCUGGCCGCCCUUCCGCUGGUCUAUAAAGAGACUCGAUAUCAGUCUCCAAACUUCAACUUCACCCGCACCCUUAGUCUCCAACCUUCACCCUCACCCGCACCCUUAGUCUCCAACCUCCUCCCUCACCCGCACCCUAAGUCCCCAACCUUCUCCCUCACCCGCACCCUUAGUCCCCAACCAUCUCCCUCACCCGCACCCUUAUCCCCAACCUCCUCCCUCACCCGCACCCUUAGUCCCCAACCUUCUCCCUCACCCGCACCCUUAGUCCCCAACCUCCUCCCUCACCCGCACCCUAAGUCCCUAACCUUCACCCUCACCCGCACCCUUAGUCUCCAACCUCUUCCCUCAACCGCACCCUUAUCCCCAACCCUCACCCUUAAGGAUUCCACCCCACGAAGGCCUGGGAUCCUCCCCUUUUCUGCAAUGUCACCCAAAUCCCGCCCAGGAUUCCCCUCGCCCGCUGUCCUUUCGCUCCUUCCCGAGGGACGGCCUCUCGCGGCCUCUGGAAGGACUGGCUUCGAGGGCAGCGUCGUACAGUUCGAAGAGAAAAAUGGAUAG